AUGUCCAAUUCACCAGAAUCAGAGGCGCUCGUCCUCUCUGAAGACCCAGAGCACCCCGCAAACCACAUCUGCACGCUCUGUGCAAAGUUCUACAGCCUGGGAUGGGUGACGGGGACCGGCGGUGGCACGAGCAUACGGCAUGGAGAUAAGAUAUUCAUUGCGCCGAGUGGAGUGCAGAAGGAGCUUAUGAAGCCGACGGAUAUGUUUGUCAUGGACUUCGAGAGUAGGGAGUAUUUGAGGAAGCCGCGGGUCCACAAACCUUCCGCAUGUACGCCCCUCUUCUACGCAGCCUUCAAGCGCGGCGCCGGCUGCUGCAUACACACGCACUCGCAAUGGGCCGUCCUCGUUACCCUGCUCGUCGAGCGCGACAUUGGAACCGACGCGUGUUUCGAGAUCGAGCAGAUCGAGCAGAUCAAGGGGAUACCGAAGGGAAGGGGUAAGGUGGGCAAUCUGGGAUAUUUCGAAAGGCUGAAGAUUCCGAUCAUCGAAAACACGGCGCACGAGGAGGACCUUACCGAGAGUCUGGAGGCGGCGAUGGAGAAGUAUCCGGACACAUAUGCGGUGCUCGUGCGGCGGCAUGGUAUCUACGUAUGGGGCGACAAUGUGCAUAAGGCGAAGACGCAGUGCGAGAGCAUCGAUUACAUCCUGCAGCUCGCUGUGGAAAUGAAGAAGCUCGGGUUGCCGUGGACAACGAAUUGA